AUGCAGCAGGGGAGCGCUCACACCAGUGUGACAGCAGCCCUGGAUGACGUGGGCUUUGGCAGGGUCCAAGUGCUGCUGCUCUGCUACUGCGGGCUGGCGUGGCUGGCCGACUCAUGCGAGACGAUGCUGCUUUCCUUUCUGGGCCCAGCCGUGCACUGUGCCUGGGGGGUCCAGCCCGCGGCAGAGAGCCUGCUGACAUCUGUGGUGUUUGUCGGCAUGCUGUUGGGGGUGUACAGCCUGGGCAUCGCCAGCGACUACCUGGGCCGGCGCAGGGGCUUCCUGGUGUCUGCGCUGCUGCUGGGUGCGGCGGGGCUGGCGUCAGCGUUUGCGCCUUCCUUUGGGUGGCUGAUGGUCCUGCGGGCUGUUGUGGGAUUUGCCCUGGGCGGCACCCCUGUCGCGGUGACCUUGUUCGCGGAGUGGUGCACUAGCCAUGGGCGCGGCAGGUGGCUUCUCCUCAUGCAGUCAUUCUGGACGCUUGGCACCGUGCUGGAGGCACUGCUGGCCUGGGCUGUGCUGCCCGGGCUGGGCUGGAGGUGGCUGCUGGCCCUGUCUGCGCUGCCGCUGGGCCUCCUGCUGGCCCUCUAUCCCCUGCUGCCAGAGUCUCCUCACUGGCUGGUGGCCCAGCACCGGUAUGCCGAGGCGGAGGCAGUGCUGCAGCGUGUGGCGGCGGCCAAUGGGCGCAAGCGGCCGCUGCUGCUGCGGCUGGCGCCAGGCAGCCCUGGCCGGCCCGCUGGCGAGUCUGAGCGGCAGCAAGGUCCCAUCACCAGUGGCUACGGCGGGGAGGGGGCAGAGCAGCAGCACCACCCGCAGCAGCAGCGGCCGGGGCACAGGCGGGAUGACAGCGGCAGCUUUUCGUCGCAGCAGCGCAAGGCGGUGUGGCGCACCAUGAUGGCGGCCUUCGCUGCGGUGUUCAGCCCGCAGCUGCGGCGCACCACCUUGCUGCUGUACGGCAUAUGGAGCGUCAACGCGCUCACCUAUUACGGCCUCGUCCUGCUGACCACCGCCCUGCAGACUAUUGCCAAGAAGCAGGAGUGCACAGCUGAGGGGGCACCCAACCUGGAUGCCGCAGACUACACGGCCAUCCUCGUCACCACGCUGGCAGAGGCGCCGGGCCUGCUGGCUGCCGCGCUGCUGAUCGACACCAAGGGGCGGCGGUGGACGCUGAGGGCGGGGCUGGCGCUGUGCACCUUCAGCUGCCUGUAUGUCUACACCCCAGAGCUGUACCCCACCUCUGUGCGCUCCACCGGCCUGGCGCUGUGCAACGGCUUCAGCAGGCUGGGCGGCUUCCUGGCCCCCUUUGCCACGGUGUAUCUUGUGGAGGACGGGCGCCCGCACGCCGCCGAGGCGCUGCUGGGCACGCUGUGCGCCGCCGCCAUGCUCUGCGCCUUUUUGCUGAGGGUGGAGACGCGGGGCCGCGACCUGCAGGUCGCCGAGCUGCUGCCCGAGCCAGCCGCCGCGGCCGCCGCCGCCAGCAAGGAGCGCGGGGGGCGGGGGCGCGGCGGCGACGGUGCCGACGGGCACGGCAGCGAGGGCGGCAGGGUGCAGGGCGCACGGGUGCGCCGCUCCACCGACGGUGAGCUGGAGCUGGAGCCCACCCAUGAUGAGCACCACCACGAGCGCGGGGACGAGACGGGGCCGCUGCUGCCGGCCUGA